AUGGAAUGUGCCAUCAAACUUUUUGCUGAUAAUCACAUGUUCCUAUGUGACAUUGACACUACUGGCAAUGGCCGAGGCAACAAGACCCCCCUGGAUAUUAAUCCAUCCAUGGGCAAGGAGAGCAGUGUCCCUCUAGCAUUUUCGGACAGCAAUUGGGGUGCGCACACCAGAGCCUACAUGGUGUCUAUCAACCGCUUGCCACACUUGGUCAUCCUUCAAAACUCAGAGUUUGUGCAGAGCCUUGCCAUGAAGAAGCAUGGCUCACAGAUGGAUGUGAAUGAAGAAACUGACGAUGAGCGAGCACUUAUUUGCUAG